CCUUACCGAUUUUCUUCUCCAAGGGAGCUACAUUUAUGCAUCUUGUAAAAAAAUGACCAUGUCAAUUCUCAAAGGACUCUUGCAAGGAUACAUGAAAUCAUUGUUUGACGAGGGGGUGGUGAAUGAUCAAUUUAACAUGAUUGUGGCUUUGAAACGCAUUGGAGAACCAGAUCGUGUGGUGCAGUUGAUAGAAACAUAUUUUUCAAAUGUUGAAAGGAUCCUUUUUGAGCUUUCGCGUCAUGUUGAUAAUCCAAAAGUUAGCUUUUGUAAGUUGGCAUCUCUUGCUCGUGAAAUAGAAGAUAAGAGUACAAGUAUUGGUGCAGAGCAAAUGAAGCUUGCAUGUUCUGAUGUCAUCAAAGCUUGUAAUGAGAAGCACCAAGAAAAUUUUUCUCGAUCCAUGUCAUGGUUAAAAAUUGAGUUUAGUAAGACCAAGAACAAGUUGGAGGCCUUUGUACAGAUGGAGCGAAAGAUUAUCAGACUUGAGAUUUCUCAAUCACCAGCUUCUACUUCUCAAUCACCAAACUAGAGUUUAUAUGUCAUUAUUAUCAAUUCUUCUUCUGAUGGAUUGAAUUGAUUUUGCUUUUGAAGUUAUGUUGUUUUGAACUUUUGGAAGAUGUUGAAUCUUGUAUCU